AUGGAGGGAGCUCUGAGAGACAUAGACAUUGCCGGCCAAGUUGUUGCUGGCAGCCAGGGCCUCGACCCUGCUAUCAUUCGCCAUGUUUGCAGUCGCUUCCGGAUCCUCAUUGUCGGCCCUGCGAAUGCUGGAAAGACAACGCUCAUCAAGAAGUUCUGCCAGUCUGACGAGGAGGCCGUGGUCCGCAAUGCCCAGGGGCAGACUGUGUCAUCAUCAACAUUGAACCCGAGUGCCCAGCGUGGGUUGCAUGUCAUAAACCACGAGAUCACGUACCAGAGUAAUCCAAGCUUUGUCUUCCAUGAUUCCAUGGGCUUUGAGUCGGGCUCCACUGUGGAGUCCAACAUCAUGCUUGAGUUCAUCCAUCAGCGGUCAGGGGAGCUUAGUCUUGCUGAUAGGUUGCAUGCAAUAUGGUUCUGCAUCCCUGCUGGCCAGGACAGAGUCCUCGGGGAACCUGAGCUGGAACUCUUCAAGCAUAACACAUUUGGGAUGACAGUUCCAGUGAUUGUCAUCUUCACCAAGUGGGAUGUGCAGAUCCAGAAAGCCAAUAAUCUUCUGAGACAUCAGGGCCGGACCAGAUUGCAAGCUAAGGAAGAAGCACCUGGAUAUGCAGAGACCUGCUUUGCUCCACAAUUACAGGAUAUACUGCAUACACCUUAUCCACCGAGGGCAAUUGUGUAUCUGCGAGAUAUGCACAAGCCAGAAGGGAACUGCAAUCAGCUGUCAAGAGUCACAGCAGAGGUUCUAGAUGAUGCUGCUGUGAAGAGAUUUUUUAUUUCAAGGCAGACUGUCGCAGAUAAACUAGCAGCAGAACAUGCUGUCAGGUAUGAUACUAGGAUGCUGAGAGAUCUUGGAGAAAAAUGCUCAUGGUUUGAUAGGGAAAUAUUAUCCUUGAAGCCCAGUGUGUUAUGUUUUCAUUCUCAAGUAUCUUCCAACUGA